CAUAAAUAUUGGAAAUCGUUUAGUUACGAUUAACAAAUCACGAAUGUUAUCAUCGAAUUGAGACUAAACGGAGUGAUCAAUGUUGGGACUAGUCUAGCUAUAUUUGAUAGUGUUGGGACUGUUGUGCAAAUUUUUUAAAGAUAGGUCUAACUAUGUAUGCUGACCUCAGUACUGUGAACAGCACCGUUAAUGAAUAUUGAGAUUUCUCUGUUCUUCCUCCUUGCCUUUUCUCUCUCACGAUUUUCCCCGUUUCUGCAACCCUAAUUCACCCUUCUGAUCUUCUCUUUUACCCUAAUUUUUUGCUAAAUGCUAAUUCUGAUCCACCUCGAUUAUCCGAUUAUUGAAGCCCAUCUCAUACUUUGCACCUUCGCCGUUUUCACUCUCCAAUGCUUGCGAAAUACUAUAACGAUACCUUCCAUUGCCUUUCCAAUAAGCAAACAAAUGCAUGAUUCCGAGGCGCAUAGGGUUUCAUCUUUUGUGUGAUAUGUUUCAUUUGGGCCUCGAAACUGGGUAGGAGAAAGUGAAGGUUCAAGUUCAACAAAAGCCAGGUUUUUUUUUUCCUCCCUCUAAACUUUCCUUUUGUGAUUGUGUAGAAAGGAUAGCGUGCCUCAGUUUAUGAAUCCCAGAUGGAUGAAUCAGUACACCAAAAACACUUGAAAGUUCCCCAAAUUUCUGUACAAAACCCAGACUCCAAAGAUUAUUUGAUUUGCAAUUUGCCAGACUCAGUCCUCUGUCACAUUUUGUCAUUUCUCCCAACAAAAUUUGCCGUGGGCACCUCUAUUCUGUCAACCAGGUGGAAAAAUCUGUUCACCUUGAUCCCAAAACUUAAAUUGGAUUUCGAUGAUUCAUUGCUUCUGCGUAAUCCGAAUGGAGAACCCAAUCCGGUAGCUGAUUCGGAUUCCGAGGAAGAACAUGGAAGUAGUUUUCUGGAUUUUGUUGGGCGAGUUUUGAACAGGUUGCUGGAAAAUGGCGCCACAAUCAGUCUAUUCAAACUCACAUGUCGACAAAAGUAUAAAUCUGAUGAUAUCGUUUCUUGUGUCGGCGCUGCUGUAAGGCUUCGCGUGGAAUAUAUUUCACUUCAUGCCCAUCUGAAAAUUUCUAGUGCCAGCAAGUUAUUUGGUGCUCUAAACGGUUGCACUACCUUAACCUGGUUGUGGUUGAGUUUGGGUAAAGCUUUUUUUCUCUUUCUUCUGGAGGAUAUUCCAGUUGUUAAGUUCCCCAAUUUGAAGAGGUUAACGAUCGAUCAUGCCAUGCUUUUUGGUGGUGUGGAAUUGCUCCUUAAUGAAUGCCCUGUACUCGAACACUUGACCUUGGCUCGUUGUGUUAUUGAACCUGUACAGGCUUUCAGGAUCCGUUUUGGUUCGCUGAAGAAUUUGGUUUUGAGAUUUUGCAUCUUUCAUCCUGAUACCAUUGUGGUCAUAGACACACCACUGCUGGAAUGUUUGUAUAAAUAUGGCUGUUCUGAUGUAAACUUCUCCUUCAUUAGCAAAUUUGAACGAAUUAAUCGUCUUGCAUUACUUUUAGGAGUUCUGGAUGAUGAAGGUCCCAAUGACCUCAAGAUAGCUGGUCUUAUCAAUGCAUGCUCUGAAGUUGAGAAUUUGAAUCUCUUUGGGCCAACUACGGAGGUUCUUCAUCAUUUGCCACUUCCACUGCCUAAUUUUUGUAAUUUAAAGACUCUGCUACUCAAUGUAGUUGGGGUGGCUGGAUGGAACUUCUUUGGAAGAUUACUGAAAAAUGCUUCGAAAGUUGAAUCAGUAUGGAUUGACAGUAAAUCCGAUAUGGUCGAUGGAUGCUUUGUAUGUUUCCAGAAGUCAGCCAAUGGCAUUCCUCACUGUCUUACCUCAAGCAUGAAGAUGGUAGAAAUCAGAGCAUUUAAAGGCCACGAAGAUGAAAUUAAAUUCAUUGAAUACCUUUUGGAGAAUGGAAAAGUUUUGGAGAAGGUGGUUUUCGACUGUGACUUUGACUGGAAGAAAAACUCUGAUGUCUUUAAGAGAAUAUUCGAGGCUGAAGUGAAAUCAGAGACUUGCAAGAUUGUGUUUCAGAGCACGCUUAGUAUGAGGCUUCGGGCAAUGUGUAGUUGCAGAACAGUAAGUAGUUGGGGCUAUUGAGGGAACUUUUGGUACCUUGUUUUACAAAGGCAUACGCUCUGGAAUGUUCAUGUUAAGUGUAGUUGUUACAUGUUAGUAUAUGGAUAAUUGUUGUUUGACCAUCUUCCUCUAGUGGUGGAACAUAUUCUGAAAUCUGAAUCAUUUGACUGGUAUCAGACCAUAGUCUGCUUGUGGAGUACACAUUCUGAAUCAAACUUCUGCUGGUGAACCAUUAGAGAUGAGGUGAUGAAUUGUGGUGGAGAAUCAACUACUUUGUCAAGUGUAAAUGCUACAUGAACCUUCUUCAGGUGAACCAUUAAUUGGUAGUUUGGUACCUUGAACCCCCCAUGCCUUGUUAUCAACCCAGCCGAUUUGAUAUGUAUCAGUGAAUGAAUUUCUAUAAUUAGGAUAGUGAAUCUGUGGUGUUGACUGUUGAGCAUCAGUUUUGGGACUGAUAUGUUAUGGAAGCUAAAAAGGCAGUGGUUUUCCGGGUAGUAAACGAAAAUUGUGUCAGGCUAUCGUAUAAGCAAUAAUCAUGAAAACAGAUGGAAGACACGAUGAAUAAAAAUAUUCAUUUGAAAGGAAAAGAACUAAGCAUUGUAUGCAAUUUAUGUUAAGAACCUUAACUUACAGUUUACCACUUACACAAAAUUUUUAACGCAUCAAUAAUCAGUGUAAAUGUGUAACAGGAACAGGCAAAGCGAAGGAGGAUAUAGACUACUUCCUUCUCAUAAUCUGAAAUAUUUGGAAGGAAAGAAAUGAAAACAUUUGUAGGCAACAAAAUCAGGAGAUCUUCC